AGUAACGUCAGGGUCACACUUUUGUUUUGUUUUGCUUUGCAACUUGACUUUUAAAAUUGCAAUUGCAGCAUGGCCGAAGAACCCGAGGAACCCGCCAAGAGCUUCGUUAUCUUCGGACGCGAUGUGGCGCAGAUCCCGUGCUUUCGUAACAGUUUUCUCUACGGAAUCAGCGGAGGAAUCGGCAUCGGCUUGCUGACUUUUCUGGGCACCUCGCGAACCCACCUGUCCACCCACGUGGGCUUCGGCUCCUUCUUCUGCGGCACCAUCGCCUACUGGAUGACCUGCAGGUAUCAAUGGUCCGUCAGGAGAUUCGAGCAGCAGCAAUUGCGUGAGGCGAUGAGACGACAAGCCCUUUAUGAGGGCACCCAAAGGGAGAGAGACUUAGAUCUGAAGUCGGCGUAGCAUAAGUCAGAUCCUUCAUUACUACUUCGAUGUUUGUUUUCACUCUAGGAUACCAAGUAAUCCUGGCAUUGUUAAAUCCCUUGUGUUGUAAACUACCUUUUGUUACCAAACUUUAUAGUAGCCAAUAUAUUAUAUAUAUGUUGUAAGUG